AUGGUGGUGUGCUUCAAGCUCAUAAUGUGGAAUGUGGUACUGCUUAUUGUUUGUUCUCUCAUUGUUUCUUCUGCUAAGGCCUCAGUUUCCUAUGAUUCAAAGGCCAUCACUAUUAAUGGCCAGAGAAGGAUCCUCAUUUCUGGAUCCAUUCAUUACCCAAGGAGCACCCCUGAGAUGUGGCCAGAUCUUAUUCAGAAGGCCAAGGAGGGAGGCCUGGAUGUGAUUCAGACGUAUGUUUUCUGGAAUGGGCACGAACCUUCACCUGGCAAGUAUUAUUUUGAGGGGAACUAUGAUCUGGUGAAGUUCAUAAAGCUGGCGCAGCAAGCAGGGCUGUAUGUUCAUCUCAGGAUUGGUCCUUAUGUCUGUGCUGAGUGGAACUUUGGGGGUUUCCCUGUUUGGCUAAAGUACAUUCCAGGAAUCAGCUUCAGAACAGACAAUGAACCUUUUAAGUAUCAAAUGCAAAAAUUUACCACGAAGAUCGUUGAUUUAAUGAAAUCGGAGCGGUUAUAUGAGUCUCAGGGAGGUCCAAUAAUUAUGUCCCAGAUUGAAAAUGAAUAUGGACCUAUAGAAUAUGAAAUUGGUGCUGCCGGUAAAGCUUACACUAAUUGGGCUGCAGAUAUGGCUGUGGGACUGGGUACUGGGGUUCCAUGGGUCAUGUGCAAGCAAGAUGACACGCCUGAUCCUCUUAUUAACACUUGCAAUGGCUUCUACUGUGAUUAUUUCUCACCAAAUAAGGCUUACAAGCCAAAGAUGUGGACAGAAGCUUGGACUGGCUGGUUUACAGAGUUUGGAGGUCCUGUUCCUCAUCGACCUGCAGAAGACAUGGCAUUUUCAGUUGCAAGGUUUCUACAGAAAGGAGGAUCAUUUGUGAAUUAUUACAUGUAUCAUGGGGGAACAAAUUUCGGUCGAACUGCUGGUGGUCCCUUUAUUGCAACAAGCUAUGAUUAUGAUGCACCACUUGAUGAAUAUGGAUUGCUCAGGCAACCAAAGUGGGGUCAUCUGAAGGAUCUGCACAGAGCAAUAAAACUGUGUGAACCAGCCUUAGUAUCGGGAGAUCCUGCUGUAACAAAGAUUGGAAACUAUCAAGAGGCGCAUGUGUUUAAAUCGAAGUCGGGAGCUUGUGCUGCAUUCCUUGCAAAUUAUAACCCAAAAUCUUAUGCAACUGUGGCAUUUGGAAACAUGCAUUACAAUUUGCCUCCUUGGUCUAUAAGCAUUCUUCCUGACUGCAAGCACACUGUUUAUAACACUGCAAGGAUUGGUUCCCAGAGCGCCCAGAUGAAGAUGACUCGUGUUCCUAUUCAUGGCGGACUCUCUUGGUUAUCAUUCAAUGAAGAAACGACAACUACUGAUGAUAGUUCCUUCAUCAUGACUGGCCUGUUAGAGCAGUUAAAUACAACAAGAGAUUUAUCUGACUACUUGUGGUACUCCACAGAUGUUGUUCUUGAUCCCAAUGAAGGAUUUCUGAGUAACGGAAAGGAUCCUGUUCUCACCGUGUUUUCUGCUGGGCAUGCUUUGCAUGUUUUUAUAAAUGGUCAGCUAUCAGGAACUUCAUAUGGAAGCUUAGAAUUCCCUAAACUGACAUUUAGUGAAGGAGUGAAGCUCAGAGCCGGUGUUAACAAGAUCUCUCUUCUAAGUGUUGCAGUUGGACUCCCAAAUGUUGGUCCUCAUUUUGAAACAUGGAAUGCUGGUGUUCUAGGCCCAAUUUCAUUAAGUGGUCUCAACGAAGGGAGAAGGGACUUGUCUUGGCAGAAAUGGUCUUACAAGGUGGGUCUUAAAGGUGAAACCUUGAGUCUUCACUCUCUUAGUGGAAGUUCCUCAGUGGAGUGGAUCCAGGGAUCUUUAGUUUCUAGAAGUCAGCCUUUGACUUGGUACAAAACAACAUUCGACGCCCCAGCUGGGACUGCACCAUUGGCUUUAGACAUGGACAGCAUGGGCAAAGGUCAAGUGUGGUUAAAUGGACAGAAUCUUGGCCGCUACUGGCCUGCUUAUAAAGCAUCCGGUACCUGUGAUUAUUGUGACUAUGCUGGAACUUAUAAUGAGAAUAAAUGCAGAAGUAACUGUGGCGAGGCAUCUCAAAGAUGGUAUCACGUUCCUCAGUCAUGGCUAAAGCCUACAGGAAAUUUAUUGGUUGUGUUUGAAGAGCUAGGUGGAGAUCCCAAUGGAAUCUUUUUGGUUAGAAGGGAUAUAGAUAGUAUAUGUGCUGAUAUUUAUGAGUGGCAGCCAAACCUUAUAAGCUAUCAGAUGCAAGUUUCUGGCAAACCGCCUGUCAGGCCAAAAGUUCAUUUAUCAUGUAGCCCUGGACAGAAAAUCUCAUCAAUCAAAUUUGCCAGCUUUGGUACUCCAGUAGGUUCUUGUGGAAAUUUCCAUGAAGGAAGUUGUCAUGCUCAUAAGUCUUAUGAUGCCUUUGAAAGGAAUUGUGUUGGACAAAAUUGGUGCACGGUAACAGUGUCACCUGAAAAUUUUGGAGGAGAUCCAUGUCCAAAUGUCAUGAAGAAACUCUCUGUGGAAGCUAUUUGUACCUGA